CCCAAGGACCUCCGGAGAGGCGGGAUCUCUCCGGGAAGGGGAAGCAGGAUUUUGUUGUGCGGUUUGAAGAUGAGACCGGUAUCUGGAGUGGCGCUUCUCCUGGGGCUGAUGGCUCUCCCAGCGGCGCUGGGACAGAGAAGCUCGGAAAGCCAUAAAAAUAGCAACGAAAGCUUUGCCAUCGUCUCUUUCAAAUGGGAUCACGUCAAAGAGCCGUAUAUCAUUGCACUCUGGAUACUUGUGGCCAGCUUGGCCAAAAUAGUUUUCCACUUGUCCCACAAAGUCACUCGGGUGGUUCCAGAAAGUGCUCUGCUGAUUGUCCUUGGUCUUUUCCUUGGUGGCAUUGUAUGGGCAGCAGAUCACCUUGCCUCCUUCUCCCUGACACCAACUGUAUUUUUCUUCUAUUUGCUGCCCCCCAUUGUUUUGGAUGCUGGAUAUUUUAUGCCAAAUAGAUUGUUUUUUGGAAAUCUUGGCUCCAUCCUUUUGUAUGCUGUCAUUGGGACAGUCUGGAAUGCUGCCACAACUGGUUUAUCUCUCUACGGUGUCUAUCUGACUGGAAUAAUGGGUGAACUGCACUCUGGGCUGCUGGACUUCCUCCUUUUUGGCAGCUUAAUUGCUGCUGUGGAUCCUGUAGCUGUUCUGGCAGUGUUUGAAGAAGUCCAUGUCAAUGAAGUUCUAUUCAUCAUUGUUUUUGGAGAAUCACUUCUGAAUGAUGCUGUAACUGUGGUGCUGUACAAUGUGUUUGACUCUUUUGUUGCGAUAGGUGAAACAAAUGUGACGGGGAUUGAAUGUCUCAAAGGCAUAGUGUCAUUCUUUGUGGUGAGCCUCGGUGGGACACUGGUUGGUAUUAUCUUUGCAUUCCUGCUCUCAUUGGUCAGUCGUUUCACCAAGCAUGUGAGGAUCAUUGAACCUGGAUUUGUGUUUAUCAUUUCCUACCUGUCCUACCUCACAGCAGAGAUGCUUUCUCUUUCUGCCAUCUUAGCGAUAACCUUCUGUGGCAUUUGCUGUCAGAAAUAUGUCAAGGCUAACAUAUCUGAACAGUCUUCUACAACUGUAAGAUAUACUAUGAAAAUGCUAGCCAGUGGAGCAGAAACUAUUAUCUUCAUGUUCCUGGGUAUUUCAGCUGUGGAUCCAGAAAUCUGGACUUGGAAUACGGCUUUUAUUCUGUUGACUCUGGUCUUCAUCUCAGUAUACAGAGUUAUUGGCGUGGUUAUACAGACGUGGAUUCUUAACCGCUACAGAACUGUCCAGCUGGAGAUAAUAGACCAGGUGGUGAUGUCCUAUGGUGGGCUACGAGGAGCAGUUGCUUUUGCUCUUGUUGCACUUCUGGAUGGGAAUAAAGUGAAAGACAGAAAGCUGUUUGUCAGCACAACUAUCAUUGUUGUGUUUUUUACUGUUAUAUUCCAGGGACUGACUAUCAAACCUUUGGUACAGUGGCUGAAAGUGAAGAAAACUGAACACAGAGAACCAAAACUGAAUGAGAAACUUCAUGGCAGAGCCUUUGAUCACAUUCUUUCUGCUAUAGAAGACAUUUCUGGACAAAUAGGGCAUCAUUAUCUGAGAGACAAGUGGUCCAAUUUUGAUAGGAAAUACCUCAGAAAAAUACUGAUGAGAAGGUCUGCUCAAAAAUCAAGGGACCAAAUCCUUAAUGUUUUCCAUGAGCUCAACUUGAAGGAUGCAAUUAGCUAUGUGGCUGAGGGAGAACGUAGAGGUUCACUGGCAUUUAUACGUUCUCCAAGUACAGACAACAUGGUAAAUGUGGAUUUCAGCACUCCACUCCCAAGUGCUGUGGAAAGCUCUGUCUCUUAUUUAUUGAGAGAAAAAGCUGGACCAGUUUGCCUUGACAUGCAAGCUUUAGAGCAGAGAAGGAAAAGUAUACGGGACACAGAAGACACUCUCGCUCAUCACACCUUACAGCAGUACCUGUAUAAACCCAGGCAGGAGCACAAACACCUGUACAGUCGACAUGAGAUCAUGCACAGUGAAGAUGACAAACAAGACAAGGAGAUUUUCCAUAGGACAAUGAGGAAGCGCUUAGAAUCUUUCAAGAGUACCAAACUAGGAAUAAACCAUUCCAAGAAGCUCAAUAAAAUCCACAAACGAGACCGGGGCCAAAAAAGGAGAAAUAGCAGUGUCAUACCAAAUGGAAACAUUCCUCCAGAAAACCCAGUAGAAGAUUUUGCUUUGAAGGAAAAAGAUUUGGAGUUUUCUGAAUCAGAAGAAAAUAAUGAUUAUGAGACUUUGCAUCUAGGCAAAGGAGUUGAUUUCCUGGCUAAUGUGACAAAACAAAAUUUCACAGAUGCUCCUGCUGGAAUUGAUAACCCAGUAUUUUCAGCUGAUGAUGACCAAAGUAUCUACAUGAAGUUCUCACCAUGGUUAUCCAGUGAAGACACUGUGGUACCUUCACAAAGGGCCCGAGUGCAGAUCCCAUAUUCGCCAGACAACUUCAAACGACUCACUCCAAUCCGGCUCAGCAAUAAAUCAACAGAUUCCUUCCUGCUAGCAGAUGGCCCAGAGGACCGACCCAGAUCUUUUCUCCCAGAAUCAACACAUAUGUAA